GAUUGCAAAGGUUAAUUGGUGACAAUGGAUGGCGACCGCUUUUUAUUAAUGAACGCUCUGGAAAAGUCUCAGUCGGGUUUUAUCCGAAAGGGUGAAAAUAUCUGAACUACAUCUCCGCAUUUUUGGUGGGGUUGGAAAAGUAGCCGAAUUAGUAGGAAUAGAAUGAAGUCUACCCUUGAAAUGCCGUCACGCGGGCAUCACUUGCACCACCCCCAGAGUCACCAUUCUCACAAGCACCUUUUCAGUAGUCGGAAAUCUAGUAGAAGUUCUGGUAAUGUACCCUCAAGUGCUCGGAGAGAAGGAAAUGUACUAAAUCCACCACCAGAAACAUCUUGGUGUCUCACAGCAUGUUGGGCAAGAUUUACAAGCAUUUGUGGCAUGUGGUGCAAAGGAAAUCGAAUUCAAGAACAAGAGCAACACCAACACAGAGAAGGGUCGGGUUCUAAUCAAGGCAGUUUGGCAAGUGAAAGUUCUUAUUUCAAAAGCAGGGCUGGAGUCGGUGGAUAUUGCUCUGGUUCGAAUAAUCUAAGCAGAGGUCGAAAGCUGCAGAAUAUUCAGAUGAUCAUUUUACCAUUUAUUCCUAUUCUUGCUCUAAUUUCGCAAAAUGUAAUGAGCCUAAUUUCUGUGUUGAGCUAUCAAAAUGAAGUGGCCAGCAUUGACAGACAGGUUGAGACAACACUUACGUUCGGAAAACUUGUGACUGAGAUUCAGAAAGAACGAUCUGAGGUUUCUUUCUUUGUGUUCACUGACACAAAUUACAUGGGAUCCAACUUGUCCGAGAGAUUUGCGCAGACAGAUUCGGCUCUGGAUAAUAUUUCAAAUUGGCCAAUGGUUCAUGAACAUUCACUAAAUCGUAUAUUUGAGUCAAAAGAACGUUUCAAAAUCAAAUUGGAGGAUUUUCGAUUGCAAAUCAAUCCAAAUGAUAGCAACAUUGCAGACGUGAUGGAAUAUUACAACCAAAUUAAUGACUUGAUGCUUGAAUAUUUAACCAAAGAAAUUAAAGAUACUAACUCUUCCGAUUUGUGGAGAUUCCUCGUCUCGUAUAAAAACCUUCUUCGGAGCAUUGAGAACGUUGGAAUAUCAGUUGUUUUUGGCAUCAAUUAUUUUGGAAGGGGAAAAUUGACGAUAAAUAAUCACAUCAAGUACAUCAGACGGGACACAUUGGGAACAGAGUAUCUAAAUUCAAGCUUGGAAUUUUCACUCGUAGCGAAGCACUAUUACAAUACUGAGGUGCACGGCCGCUUAUCAUCUUACGGAGAUAUUCACAAAACGCGUACAGAAAUUUUAUUGAAUGAAAAGAGAAUGCCAAAUAUUGACGAAGCUGUUCGCUAUUAUGAAUCCAUGGCCGAGUACAUCGAAGCGCUGAGAGGGUUGCAAACCGGCCUGAGAUUUGCGAUACGUAAAGCGGUGGAGGAGCGCCUCCAAGAAGCCGAGAGAUCUGCAGCGGUGACGAUUUGCCUGCUGAUCGUUGUUCUGAUUGUGUCCCCCACGAUAAUAUUUCUGGUUCAUAAAUUAACCUCUACGAUUCAGUUGUUUGCAUGCAACCUGAUGCUAAAAGCUGACGAGUUGAAGAAAGAAAAGAAGAAAAGCGACCGUCUUCUAUUUCAAAUGCUACCACCUAUGGUGGCACAGGAAUUGCGCCAGAAACGGCAAGUACAGGCGCAGUGUUUCAACGACGUGUCGAUUUAUUUUAGUGAUAUUGUCGGAUUUACCGAAAUCGCUGCAGAGUCGACCCCGUUGGAAGUGGUCAUGUUCUUAAACUCCAUCUACAAAUUGUUUGAUGCUCGGAUUGAACGCUACGACGUGUAUAAAGUUGAGACAAUAGGAGACAGCUAUAUGGUUGCGUCAGGGCUGCCAAUUCCUAAUGGGGGACUGCACAUUUCUGAAAUUAGCACUAUGGCACUGGAUUUGUUGGCUGGUGCAGUAACGUUCCAAAUACCACAUCGACCUGGGGAAAAGUUACAAAUUAGAAUUGGACUUCACACAGGGCCCGUUAGUGCUGGCGUGGUCGGAACCAAAAUGCCAAGGUACUGCUUAUUUGGAGACACAGUCAAUACUGCAUCAAGGAUGGAGUCCACUGGGGAACCUCUGAAAAUUCAUAUGAGUAUGGAAAUGAAAAUUGCACUUGACGCUGUUGGUGGAUUUCGAGUUGAACAUCGAGGAUUAAUUGAAGUGAAGGGGAAAGGAAUGCUAGAAACUUAUUGGCUUUGUGGCAAAGAUGGAGUAUUUACCAGAUCUGUAGAACUUGACACUCCAGGAUUCUUUGAAAAUAAUCAUGAACCUGAUGCAUUGUGGAUGAUGGACGUGAAUGACUUUGACAUCCUGGACUGAUCGUGCUUGCCCAAGGAGAGCAAAUUAGAACUAAUCUAAAUAAUUCUGACCAAGAAAGCCAGAAAUACGUUCUCCUCUGUGUUUAUACUUCGGAAAUAUUUAGACAUAUAAAAAUCCGUUGCUUUAUUCGAGGGAUUGACUGAAGUGACUGAAGUAAUUUACUCGGAAAAUUUGUACAUAAUCUGUGUUUAGCUUUCACUAGAGGGUGUUGUUAAUAUUGGAAAACCCGUAUUUGUUGCGCCGUACUUCUUGACGUUGGCUUUAUCCGCCAGCUUUUCACGUCCUUCAACAGUAUUUUUUUCUAAACAGUAAACAUGUAUUUUAGUAUCGUUCUUGUGAAUAAUUUCCUCCUAGUCUUUACCUGAUAAUCGUUUGCCUAAGGUUACUUCAUCAAGGAGUAGCACCAGCACUAAAGAAAGAACGGCAAGAGAACUGAGUCCAUACGUGAUAAAGUUUUUGUAAUAUGUUGGUGAGCCUUCACAAAAUCUAUGUAAAAUGUACAUUAUCAAUUAAUCAAAAUAUCAAUAAAUUUGUGGAAUAAAUGUUAACCAGUCGAAAAACUA